CUCCUAGCAACCGGCUGGCAGCCCGGACCCAGGGAGAGAGGAGGUCGCAAUGGACGAGCCAGCCACCGCCAUCAACCCCUCCGCAGUACCAAGAGAAGACCUGGGGCGUGGAGAGCCGCUCGUCUCGACCUCGAAUACUCCAAUACCUGGCACUUACCACAUAAAGACUUUUAUUGAAGAGUCCCUAUUAAACCCAGUGAAAGCAACCUACAACUUUAAAAACGAAGGAAGGAAGAGGAUACCGCUUGUGCAGAGAAACGAUCCCGUCCCAACCGACCUCCCGCAUUACAAGCCUCCCGACUUCCUGGAGCUGUUGAAGAAGCAGAUGGCCUCCUACUCGUUCAAAGACCGCCCCCGGGCAAACCCCACCACCCUGGUUGACAAGGACGAGUCACUCCAGCUUUGCCCAGGACAGUACGAGAUACUCCCUGCUCCUGUUUCCAAGAGUGCUUCCAGGAGCUUCGUAUUUCGUUCUGCUGUUCAAAGAUUCCCACCGAACUAUUUCACACCUCAUGAAGGCCCUGGACCAGGUGAAUAUAACUUAAAAGCACCCUCAGUAGGCUCCAUUACUUCUUGUUUUCGAUCUAAGGUUCCCCGAUUCUUGCCUGUUGGCUCAUACAAGGUAGUACAAGUUUGUGGUGACAAAGCCACUAGCCUGUCUGUCGUGUGCAAGUAUGACACUGUCCUACAGGACUGUUCUCCUGGACAAAUGGUCACCAUCUUCACUGUCUGCUUGGUGACCACUGAUGUUCCCUCAGAAGGAGGGACCUAG